AUGCGCCAAUUCCGUAAUGUCAUCGCUGGUGUCUUCUCACCUUCAGACCCCAACUUCAUUUUUCACUUCUCCAACAUCGCUCGUAUUGCAAUUGGCAUUGAUGAAGCGGCGGGACGCCUUGCUUACCACAUUGGCGGUGCCCCACCUCCUCCCGGCAAAGCACUCUCUUGCUUACCAGUUGUCCUGGACUCCUCUUAUAGGGUCCCAACUGAAGGGAUCCGUUUUUAUCAGAUGCCAUCAGAUCUACAUAUCAGAACACCUUCUCUUCCCCCACAACCUACUGCCUCCGGGAGCAGACUCACUGAGGCCUUUAGCACUGGAAAUCCUGCCAGGUCUCGAUUGGUUUUGAGAAGGCCAAGGUCACCUAUUCCUCCCUCCAGAAGUCGGUGCUCUCGGGGUGGUUCUGAGGAACGACCUCCGAUUUUUCGUCAAGAAGAAAUCAACUUUGAAGCUCGUCCCAUCCGGGAACAAGUGGGUUCUCCUAGGAGGCCUCCUGUUGACGAACAACCAGCGGCUUCUAGAUCUACAGGGAAGGGACAUUACUUUUCGCCCUCCCCAGCUCCGAGAUCAGCUAAGAAGAAGUCAAUUCCCCCUCCUCCUUCACCACAUGACUCCUCUGACGGUGACGACUUGGUGGACGACGUCUAUUUCCCGCUGCCAGGUGCAAAAAAGCCUCGCCUCUUUGCCAAGCCAAUGGAGGCAUCGGUCGACUCAAAGGCUUCUCCAUUCGCCAAUGCUAUAGAGUGUGUUCAUCCCAAGCUCAAUGGCAAACGGAUCUAUCUGGUUGCCUCUCUGGAAAUGAGCUCACCCAGCCGCAAGACGUUUGUUGGACAUAUAAAGCAAAUGGGUGCAGAUGUCUAUGACACACAAGCGCCGGAUCCAAGCUGGGAAGGGGAUCGUGAUGCAUCAGAUACAGUUCCAGGAACCGCCCUUUCAGCCGCUGAUUUCGUGAUAUGUGAUUCUUGCUCAGGAUGGGAGUUUUGGCUGGCCUGGGAGUCGGAGAAGUCUAUUGGAACAUUCCAAUGGAUCACUGCUCUCCUCAACAUUACGAACCCUCUCCAUUGUCGAAUCCAAUCCCCUUUGGCCAGACUCUUUGACUACCCGAUACCGCCUGGGAUGAUUUCCGGAUGGGAUCCUAGUAAAAAUGUGGUCUCAAUCACCAACUACACUGGCUUUUCUCGAGCUUGGCUAAUCCGACUGAUUGAAAAAAUGGGACUCAAGUACAGCGGGCCGUUGGAUUGUAGCACAUCCCUUCUCUUGGCUGCAAACAAAAGUGGAAAAAAGGUAGAGUGGGCAUCUGAAUUGGGCAUUCCCACCGUUAAUCAUCUUUACCUCGAGGAUUGUUUCCGGAGUUGGUCAAAGUUGGAGGUCAAGUUGAUUCAUACAAGCUACCCUAAAGAUGGUGAUUUGCUUCAGCCAACUUACAAUUCUGGUUACACAAUUGAGACCAUCCAGAGAUGGUCCCAAACAUCAGCUGCUAAAGAGGAAAGAAAGUCUGUUUUGCAAGAAUAUCAUUGGUCUUGCAAUAUCAAUGCCGCCCACAAUAAAUUUGAGUCUCAUUCAUUGCAAGAGGUGACCAUCACGGACGAAUCGGACCACAUCAACCCAGAUGAUCACACAAAGCCUCUUUCCAAUCUUGCAAUGUCUGAGAAGCCUGUGCCCAAGAACAACACCAAGCUCAAAAAGGCGGCUUUGCGUGACACAUCUGACGACCAGAGUAGGAACCGAUUGCCUAGCCCCUUAACGUCGGGUGCUUUCACAAGUGCACACGAGUUUCCCAAAGAAAACGGCCACUUUAAGUCUGGAGAAAAUGAUGGGGAAGCUCACCGGCCCCGCAAGGACUUGAGGGUGGGUCUUGAACACUUGAGAAAAGAAAGGAGUUCAAACAAAACGGACAAAAUGAAUGCCAAAGGUCCCUCACUUGAUGAUAUCAGCAAAAUGAAUGCCUCAAAGGCCGUGGCCAGCACCCCCAAAUGGGUCAACAGCAAGGACACUAGCCAUCAAUCACGUACAUCUCAUGCACAGAAAGCGCACCAAUGA